UGAAGCUGCGCUCAGACGUGUUUAAAGACGUCUUCAGACGAGCAGCAGCUGCAGCGCUCUCCAUAUGAUCCUUCAGUCUCUUUACACUUCUGUUGCAGGAUGAAGAGUAUGACUUUAGUUCUUCUCAUCUCACUGUGCAUGUCUCUGGGGCAAUCUGACUUUGCACCGUAUUUCUAUGAUAAUGGAGCUGGAAGCAGCAACGGAAACCUGGGGUUAUUCAGCAUCUCUGAAGACACAUCUGUUGGGACUCAUGUUUACACACUGAGCGGCUCUGACCCCGAAGGCGAGCCGGUGACCUACGGCAUGACCUUUGAUAAGGGCUCCAAAGAUUAUUUCAGCGUCGAGCCCAAAUCAGGGAACGUGACUCUCAUCCAAACACUGGACAGAGAGGUUCAGGAUGAGAUUGUUGCAUUUGUGACCAUCACAGAUGGGAGAAAUAAGGUUGUAGAAAAUGUUCGAGUGUUCAUCACAGAUGCUAACGAUGAAAAGCCAGAGUUUCUGAAUCUGCCGCUCGUAGUGGACGUCCCGGAGGACACAGCUUCAGGCAGCAGCAUCUACAGAGUCCAGGCCGUCGACAGAGACCUCGGGUCCGGAGGAAGUGUGACCUACUCCCUGCAGGAGACAUUCCUUCAUCAGUUAUCAUUUCGUUUGCAGUCGACGCCCAGCACUAAGUUCACCAUCGACGGUCACAGUGGAGCUCUGCGCAUCAGAUCCGGAGAAUCGCUGGACUACGAGGUCUCCAGGACUCAUUUUGUCACUGUGGUUGCAAAGGAUGGCGGGGGUAAAUAUCAUGGAAAAUACCAGGUCAUGACCUCCACAGCCAUCAUAACCAUCAAUGUCCUCGAUACUCAGGAUUCUCCUCCAGUGUUUGUUGCUACUCCGUAUUUUGGAUUUGUGUAUGAAGUCUCUGUACCAGGCUCAGAGAUAUUCACUGUUUCUGCCAAAGACGGCGACCAGAACAACCCCAACACCAUGCAUUACUCCAUUCUGAGCGGCAGCGACGGCUUCUUCAGCAUCAACAGCACCAGCGGCUGUAUCAGCUUGACAUCUUUCCCUGUACAGCUGAGGAACGAGUUAUACGAGUUACAAGUCAAGGCUGCAGAGGUUGGAGCCGACAGGUUUUCUGACUACAGUGUGACCACAGUCACUGUUCGUGUGGUGGACCUCAACAACCAUCCGCCCACUUUCUACGACGAGAACGGCCCGCAGAACCGCUUCGAGCUGAGCAUGUACGAGCAUCCGCCGGAAGGAGAGAUACUCCGCGGCCUGAAGAUCACGGUCAACGACUCGGACCAGGGAGCAAAUGCUAAGUUCAGGCUGCUGUUGGUGGGACCUUCUCGAGUUCUCCGUGUGGUUCCUCAGACGGUUCUCAAUGAAGCCCAGGUCACCAUCAUCGUGGAAAACUCGUCCGCCAUCGACUACGAAAAAUACCAGUUCUUAACAUUCAAGCUGUUAGCGGUGGAGAUCGACACUCCCGAGCGCUUCAGUGCCACUGCGGAGAUCGUCAUCAAUCUUUUGGACACAAACGACAACAUUCCCAAGUUCUCCUCUGAGUUUUACAUCGCCAGGAUCCCUGAGAAUUCCCCAGGAGGCUCCAACCUCGUCUCAGUGACCGCGACAGACCCGGAUUCAGGGCUUUGGGGAGAAGUGAAAUAUUCCAUCUACGGCUCUGGCGCUGAUCUGUUUCUCAUUCACGCCACGUCCGGCAUCAUUUACACGCAGCCCUGGGCCUCUUUAGACGCUGAAGUGAAGUCAAAAUAUAAUUUCUAUGUAAAAGCUGAAGACACUGAGGGCAAAUACAGCCUCGCAGAGGUUUUUGUCACGGUGCUGGAUCAAAAUGACCACCCACCUGAGUUCAACCAGAACUACCUGGAGAAGACCAUGAUCAUCGGGGCGCCAGUGAAAAUAGAGGCAGUGGAUGAGGACGCAGAGGAACCUAAUAACCUGAUUGAAUAUUCCAUCAUGAAAGCCGAUCCAGACAACAUCUUCGACAUUAACACGUCCACAGGAGAGAUUAAGCUCAAACCGUACAUCAAGUCUAUGGAGAUUGUGCAGAACAUCACCAAACAGAAAGACGGCCGGUGGUCUGUGGUGGUUCAAGCUCGUGAUCGAGGCUCUCCAUCCUUCAGCACAACGGCGGUCGUGAAGAUCGACAUCACGGAGGCGAAUGGGCUCAAAGGGCCCAUGGCUGCUUUUCUAAUGCAGAGCCGAGACAAUCCAAUGAAAGCUCUUGGCCUGGCCGUCAGCAUCAUUACUGUAAUUGUUUUGGUGACAGUUAUGAUCUCCACCAUCAUGUACUUUCGCAACACAAAGUCCAACAGGAUCACGCCAGCGCGCCGCAUCAUUCGCAGGAGGCCCAAAGAGCCGCGCCGCUGGAUCUUCAGGCCGUGGUUUGGACGGAGCGACCUGAGCUUUGGAAAGUUCUUCACUGAUGAUGAGACGAGGGACAACACAAACCACAGCAGCCCCAGAGCCAAGCCGCCGGCCCCCAGCGCUCCGGUGCUCCCUCCUCCGCCUCCGAGCGAGCGGCUGCGGUCAGUGCCCACGGUGUCCGGCUCCCUGGCCUCCAGAAACACCAGCCGCAGCUCCAGCUGGAGGACCAGCAAAAGCACAGACGGCGCCCAGAGAUCUGCCCAAAACAAAGACGGCAGUGGCAUCAGCUCCGCUCUAGUGUCUGAGCUUAAAAUGAGAAUAGAACAGAAAAUCAAUGAGGCAAAUCAAGGCUACUAUUACUGACACACUGACCGGUGUGAGUAACGGAUACGAUGUGUGUUUGAUGGACCGCUGGACGCUUGAUGUUACGAACAGCUCGCUGAGAAGAAUGUUUCUUUUUUUUGGUGAAAGUGUUUUUAAAGUGACCGUCUAGUUCACCUAAAGUGUUUUUCUGUUGUUCAACAUGCCGUACAGUCAAAAAUACCUUAAAAAUGCUAAGUAACUUGCCAAUACUGGUCUAUGCACAUACAGUAUGUGUUUGUAAACAGAAGACAGCUAAUUGGAUGCUGUUUAUUUCAGUAAUGUACACCUCUUCAGUCUUGCUGUGCUUCUUAGACCAGUUUACGCAUCAGUUCUAGAUCUGCAAAAGUCAUGCAAACUCCACUGUAAUCUCAUAAUUAGCACCAUACUGCCAUCUUUAGGUUUCAUUCAAUUUAGUCUGAACAAUCUAAUCAUUAAUACGUGUCAAAAUUUAGAAGAACUUAAAACAACCCUUUCUGUUUUCAGUAGAUUAUUUAUGUGACUAUUGCAUGUACUUUAUGUCCUACUCUAUUUCUUUUUUAAGCAGUUUUUGCCUUGAGGAUCUUUGGUAAAAAUCUACAGACUUUAUGGACAUCGGACUCUCAUAUGUAGUUAUUGCUGUCAAACCUUUUUUAUUAUUGUUUUGUAUUGUUUUGUAUUUAAUUUUCUGAGAAGGAGAGCAGAUGAACAUCCAUGUGCUAUUUGCUGUAGGCAUAUCCAAAUGUCAAAUGUGUUUAUCAUGUCAUCAUAUCAAGUCUGUGCUAUAAAUGAAUUUAGAAAUACAACAAUUUUUAAAGUCUUAUCUAAAAA